AUGGACCUACCGCAGCCGUCCCUUGAAGAGCUUUCGAGGGACAGGUCGCCAAUCGUUGUAGGCGUUGUGUCUAUGUGCCUCAUCAUUUCCACAGCCAUAUUAGCACUCCGCCUUUGGACGCGGUACUAUAUUGUGAAGAAGAUCGGCGUGGAUGAUUAUGCCGCCGCUUUCUCUUUAGUAGGUGAAAAGAUGGCGGGAAAUUUGGGUGCUGUCUCAAUCAACCCUGCCAAUUGUCUCACCCGGCUGUAUGUAGUGAUACGGUACGGCCUUGGGCGACAUCAACAGACCGUAACGUCGGAAGAGUAUGUAAAGUUUAGAAAAUGCUUCUGGUCUUGUGUAUUUUUCCACAGUCUAGGCCACUUGUCUUUCAAGAUGUCCUUUCUGUUACAGUACCACCGCGUGUUGUGCACUCCCCGUAUGCAGGGACUGUACGCUGCGGCGAUGGUUCUUGUUGCAUCCUCGGGCAUCGGCGUUGUGGUCACAUGUUUCGUUUUCUGCGUCCCCCUUGACGGAUUUUGGGAUCAACGGGUUCCCGCCAGAUGCCUCAGCCAGCAGGUCAUAUUUUACGUUUUCGGGGCGGGCACUAUUGUCACGGACAUUGUCAUCUUCCUGUUGCCGCUGCCAGCGCUGUCCAAGCUUCAGAUACCUCGGUCCCAGCGAUUCUAUCUCUUGGGUAUUUUUAGUCUUGGCUUCUUCAUUGUAGGCAUCUCAGUAGUACGUCUACAGUUCCUCAAGAUCCAGCCGGACUUCACUUGGUGGAACGUGGAUCCUGGUCUAUGGUCUAUCGGCGAACUCUCGGCCGCAAUGGUGUGUCUCUGCUUACCUCCCCUCAAAAUAUUGGUCAACCGAGCGCGUACUACGAGGACCUGCCCCUCGAGAAACGCAAGCAGCCGCAACUUCGGGGCACUCCCAUCGAACGCGCCGCUUUCGCCAAGUUCCAAAAUAACCAAUCUCAGCACGGCGAAGUCUUCAUGUGUGAAGCCUAGCAGCUGCGGCAAUGUUGUGGUGGUUGAAACGGAGACACUCCAGGAUGCAAUGUACCGGCCAACUCCCGCGCUUGCAGUCUGA